AUAAAUUGGAAAUGGGAAACAUUUUUUCAAGCAUUCUAAAUUAUUGUAAAUUAGACGAUAUAGGCGUCGUCUUUUAAGUGUGAACUGUGAGCAAACAAUUUGAUAGUUAAUAGACUACAAUAGACUAAGCCGAAAAAAUGGGAACAUUGACGGAUUUUGGACAUAUAGCCUUAAAAUGGGAUCCCAAAAACUUGGAAAUCCGCACAAUGUCUGUUGAGAAAACUCUAGAGCCCCUUGUACUGCAAGUUACAACUCUUGUAAAUACUAAAGGUCCAAGCAAAAAGAAGAAAGGAAAAUCCAAACGUGCUAGUGCCUUAGUUGCAGCCGUUGAAAAAGCUACCGAAAACUUUAUCCAAAAGGGUGAACAGAUUGCGUAUGAAAACCCAGAUAUCACACAAGAAAUGUUAACGGCAGUAGAUGAAGUAAAAAAAACUGGAGAUGCCAUGAGUAUUGCAGCAAGAGAAUUUUCUGAAGAUCCGUGCAGUUCCUUGAAGCGCGGAAAUAUGGUUCGAGCAGCUAGAAAUUUACUAUCUGCUGUAACUCGUUUGUUAAUUUUAGCAGAUAUGGUAGAUGUACAUUUGCUAUUGAAAUCUCUUCAUAUUGUUGAAGAUGACUUGAAUAAAUUGAAAAAUGCAUCCAGUCAAGAUGAGCUUAUGGAUAAUAUGAGGCAAUUUGGCCGUAAUGCUGGAGAACUUAUAAAGCAAGCAGCCAAGCGACAACAGGAAUUAAAAGAUCCCCAAUUGAGAGACGAUUUAGCAGCAGCUCGCGCGAUGCUUAAAAAACAUUCAACCAUGUUAUUGACUGCGUCGAAAGUGUAUGUUCGGCAUCCCGAACUAGAUCUGGCCAAAGUGAAUCGCGAUUUUAUUCUGAAGCAAGUGUGCGAUGCUGUCAACACUAUAAGCGAUGUAGCCCAAGGAAAAUCUUCCCAACCGACAGAUAUUUACAGCGGAGCUGGAGAAUUGGCUGCAGCUUUGGAUGAUUUUGACGAAGGAAUUGUUAUGGAUCCCAUGACAUAUAGCGAACAGCGUUCGCGUCAACUGCUUGAAGAACGAUUAGAAAGUAUUAUAAGUGCGGCUGCUUUAAUGGCUGAUGCAGACUGUACUAGAGAUGAACGUCGAGAGAGAAUUGUUGCCGAGUGUAAUGCUGUGCGACAAGCGUUACAAGAUUUGCUUUCCGAAUAUAUGUCAAACAUGAGUCAGAAGGAUAAUAGUCCCGGACUUGCCCGAGCGAUUGAUCAAAUGUGUAGGAAAACCCGUGACCUGCGAAGACAAUUGCGAAAAGCUGUUGUUGAUCAUGUUUCGGACUCGUUUUUGGAAACUACAACACCUCUCAUAGAUUUAAUUGAAGCUGCAAAAACAGGCAAUGAAAAGAAAGUUCGAGAAAAAGCUGAUGUUUUUACAAAGCAUGCUGAAAAACUGGUUGAAGUAGCAAAUCUUGUAUGCAGCAUGUCUAGCAAUGAAGACGGCGUUAAAAUGGUUCGUUAUGCUGCUGCUCAAAUUGAAAGCCUAUGCCCCCAAGUAAUAAAUGCAGCAUCUAUUUUGACUGUUCGACCCAAUUCUAAAGUAGCCCAAGAAAACAUGACAACUUAUCGCCAAGCAUGGGAAGUGCAAGUUCGAAUUCUAACAGAAGCCGUAGAUGAUAUAACGACAAUUGAUGACUUUUUGGCAGUCUCCGAAAACCAUAUUCUUGAAGAUGUCAAUAAAUGUGUUAUGGCUUUACAAGUUGGCGAUGCUAGGGAUUUGCGAUCAACUGCAGGUGCUAUUCAAGGACGAUCUUCCCGAGUUUGUAAUGUGGUUGAAGCUGAGAUGGACAACUACGAACCAUGUAUUUACACGAAACGGGUUCUAGAAGCAGUUAAAGUUCUUCGUGAGCAAGUUAUGCUGAAAUUUGAACAACGCGUCGAAACUGCAGUUGGAGCACUCUUGAAUAAUUCAAAUAAAGACGUCGACGAAAAUGAUUUUAUUGAUGCUUCUCGACUUGUUUACGACGGAGUUCGUGAAAUUCGAAGGGCUGUUUUAAUGAACCGAAGCUCAGAAGACCUGGACACUGAUACUGAAUUCGAGCCAGUGGAAGACUUAACUUUGGAAACGCGAAGUCGAUCAAGUGCUCAUACUGGUGAUCAAACAGUUGAUGAAUAUCCGGAUAUAAGCGGUAUAUGUACAGCUAGAGAAGCCAUGCGAAAAAUGACGGAAGAAGACAAGCAGAAAAUUGCUCAACAGGUUGAAUUGUUUCGCAGAGAGAAACUAACGUUUGAUUCUGAAGUAGCUAAAUGGGAUGAUACUGGAAAUGACAUUAUUUUCCUAGCCAAACAUAUGUGUAUGAUUAUGAUGGAGAUGACUGACUUUACCAGAGGUCGAGGGCCACUAAAAACUACAAUGGAUGUUAUCAACGCAGCUAAAAAAAUUUCAGAAGCUGGUACAAAAUUGGAUAAAUUAACUAGAGAAAUAGCGGAACAGUGCCCUGAAAGUAGUACCAAGAAGGACUUGUUAGCUUAUCUGCAAAGGAUUGCCCUAUAUUGUCAUCAAAUUCAAAUAACUUCCAAAGUGAAAGCUGACGUACAAAAUAUAAGUGGCGAACUUAUAGUUUCUGGGCUGGAUAGUGCCACAUCGUUGAUUCAAGCAGCUAAAAAUCUAAUGAAUGCCGUUGUGCUUACUGUUAAAUACUCAUAUGUGGCAUCCACAAAAUACACUAGGCAAGGAACUGUUUCUUCUCCGAUCGUUGUAUGGAAAAUGAAAGCUCCAGAGAAGAAACCUUUGGUCAGACCGGAAAAACCUGAAGAAGUUCGGGCAAAAGUACGUAAGGGCUCUCAAAAAAAGUUCAGAACCCUAUACAUGCCUUGUCAGAAUUCCAAAGUCCAGCUGAUGCCGUAUAGGAAUAUAUUUAAUAUUUUACAAAAUGAGAAAUACCUAUUUUAUCAUAAUUCAGUAGUGUAGUAUAUCCCAUAUUCAGCUUUUCUUAACAUUCAAUAAAAUAUAUACAAUAUA